CGAGGUCUGUGGGUUCCACAGUCGAGUCACAAAGGGUAGCGUGAGGAGUGAGCACCAUGUCUGAGGGUGCUUACCAGCGCCUCUGGGUGGCCUCCCAUGUGACUCUGCAAGAGCUGCUGGGUCAAGAGCAGGUCCUGCUGGAAGUGGUGCCCAGCCGGGAGCGCCAGGCCUUCCGGUACCAGCUUUCAGUGCUCUACCUGCGCUACCUGGGGCUGCUGCGUCAGUUUGAUGCCAUCUACGAUCAGAUGGUACAGCCACAGAAGCGCCUGCUGCUGCGGCGCCUGCUGGAUGGUGUGGCGGGCCGCGUGCUGGAGCUCAAGGAUGAGCUGGUGCGAGUGGACCUGUGUGAGACCCACUGCUUGGACCACGUGCUGCAGGACCUUGGGCUGACCCCGGCAGACCUCGAGGUCCCAAUCCCCAAAUACUUCCAGCUAGAGCAGUCCAGCACAGUGAAGGAGUGGCAGCAGAAGCUGGCCGAGAUCCUUUCCAGGACAGCGGUGAUCCAGGAAAGCCCUCCAGGAAUGCCCAGGACGGAGGCCAUCAUCCUGGUGCAAAAUGCUGAGCGUGCGAGGCAGGGCCGGCUCCGAGCUGCCUUCAUGCGAGAGAUCCGGAGAGAGGAGGAACGGGAUAGGAAGGUCCAGCGGGACAAGCUGCACAAGUUCAGUCAGGACCAGGCGGCUCUGGUCAUCCAGAAGGUGUGGAAAGGUCACCUGCAGAGGAAGCACACCCAGCAGGACCGGCGCGCGGAGAUGGAGUUUAUCGGCAUGCUCCCCACUCCCAGCCAGGCAGAGCACUCUGGCAGCCUGUGGAAGGCCACCCUCGGGGAGGAAACCCGGAGGCUCUGCCAGAAGGAAAUGGAAGAGGAGUUCCAUGCAGCUGGGGUGAAGGCCCGAGAGGCUGUCACAGAGACUGAGGGCCCUGACAUGAAGGAGAACAUGAGGGAGCAAAUUCGACAGUGGUUUAUUGAGUGCCGUGCCAUUACCGGCCAGUUCCCUGAUUAUCCAGAUGAGUCAUUAGGUGGAUCCUGCCUAAUCUUCACUGACAGGACUCCAGAACAGGUGAAAAUGGAACUGCAGAUGCAGCCCCAGGAGAGCAAAAAGAAGGUGAAAGAGACAAGUAAGGACAGAGACCAGGAGAAGAAAGAGAAAAAGAAAGGGAAGGAAGACAAGGCUAAGAAGGGGGAAGUGGAAACAAUGCUUCAAGUGUUUCCCUCCAAAUUUAUACCUGUGAUCAGUGCAGGACACCAGGAAUACACAAAUGUGUGGAAGAACCGGAAUGAGGCCAAACACCCCAGCCAGAGCUUUGACCCCGAGACCCUCCGGGAGGAGAAGCGGAAGGAAGCGGAAGUAGAGAUCCGCGCACAGGUGGACGAGCUCAUGCGGCAGGAGCUGAGGAACCUUCGUCUGGCCGUGGACAGGGAGGAUGGGAGACUCUUGAAGGCUCCAAAGAAAAAGCCUGGCAAGAAAACUGGGAAGAAGAAGGAAAAAGAUCUGACCCCAAACAGGUCCCUGGACUCACUAUAUGAAGAGCUUGUCGUUUCUGGCCUUCUAAAGCAGAGUAACAGGGUGGCGUUGAAAGACUACAUUGGAGACUGCCUCUACCUGGGGUCUGCUCUGAUGUUGGCUGACAAGCAGCCCAUGCCCUCCCUGUCUGAUGUGCGACAGAACAUGGCCUUGUAUGGAGUUCUUCGGCUGGGCUCUGCAGACAUUCACUCCCUGGCUCCCCUCAUCCGAUCUAUCCUCCUGGUGGGCCCCUCUGGCACAGGGAAGAAGAUGCUGGUCCAUGCUGUGUGCACAGAAACGGGGGCCAACCUGUUCGACUUGUCACCUGGAAACCUGCAGGACAAAUACCCCGGCAAGACCGGGGCACAGAUGAUUGUGCACAUGGUCUUCAAGGUGGCCCGGCUGCUCCAGCCCUCUGUGAUCUGGAUUGGAGACGCUGAGAAAAAUUUCUAUAAGAAGAUCCCAAAAGAAGAGAGGCAGAUGGACCCAAAGCGCAUCAAGAAGGACCUGGGCAAGGCCAUGCGGCUGCUGAGUCCCGGGGACCGUGUGAUGCUCAUAGGAACCACGGAGCAGCCGCAGCUGGCAGAGAUGAAGGGGCUCUGCCGGCUGUAUGAGCGCAUCCUCUUCGUGCCCCGGCCUGACUACGCUUCCCGCUAUGUGCUCUGGAAGCGUAUGAUAGAGGCCCGGGCACAGGUGACCCCGAGCCUCAACCUCAGCGCCCUGGCCAGUGUGUCUGAUGGCUUCACAUCCGGUCACAUCCUUCAAGCCACCCAGGUGGUGCUCAAUGAGCGGCGGAUCCUGCAGCUGUCCAAGCGGCCCCUGGUGGCCUCUGAGUUCCUGGGGCAGCUGGCAAAGCUGGAUCCAGUGUACCUCAAAGAGGAAGAGUCCCUGAAGGACUGGUACUUCAAGACCCCACUGGGCAAGAAGAGCAUGAAACUUAGCAAGGACCAGUUGGAGGCCGAGGAGGCCAAGGAGAAGAAAAGGAAGUGA